AUGCCUCACAAUGAUGACUCUAAUCAAAAUUUAAAUAUUUUGCAUAAUGCACAAAAUGUACAAGUACAGUCUAGUAUAUCCAGCCAUGAUGUGUCUACCUCUGACAAAAAUUCAUCUAAUAUAAAUGAUACAAUUUACUCUAAAGUUUCACUAGAUAAAUCAGUAGAGACAACACAACCAAAGAUAAGUCAAAGACUCGAAGCUCAGCUUUCUCAAGAUUCUACUUCCUCACGUGUGGUAAAAAAAAAUGUCUCUUCUGAUAGGGACAAAGUCACAUUGCAAAGUAAUAAUAUAUUUAGAAGGAAAAACAAUCUUGAAAAAUUAAUAAAAGAUACUGAAAAAUUAGCUCCUAUGCUCCCAUCUUUGUCUCAGUAA